AUGUACUAUUCAGACGAGCUCGAUUUGCCAAAGACAGAUUCGUCGAGGUGGAGAUUAAGGACAGACCCAGUAGGUAGAGAAACAUGGCACUACUUAUCUCCAGAGGAAAUAGCGAAGGAACCACAAUCAACGUAUGUUCAAUGGCUCCUUAAAUCAAAUGAUUUUGUCCCCCCAUCUGCUACCACAAUCAAAACUCCAACCGAAGCUUUAAAAAAGGGUGCUGAUUUUCUUGAACUUUUGCAAUUGGAAAACGGAAUAUUCCCUUGCCAGUACAAAGGGCCGAUGUUUAUGACAAUUGGAUAUGUGGCUGCAAACUACUUUAGCGGUACUCCUAUUCCCGAACCAUAUAAAGUAGAAAUGAUUAGGUACAUUGUCAACACCGCCAAUCCAGUGGAUGGUGGAUGGGGUUUACACUCUGUCGACAAAUCAACCUGCUUUGGAACAACUAUGAACUAUUUGUGUCUCCGGUUAUUGGGAAUAGGCCCAGACCAUCCAGUCAUGGUCAAAGCCAGAAAAACUUUACACCGUUUGGGGGGCGCAAUAAGAAAUCCACACUGGGGCAAGGCAUGGUUGGCAGUUUUGAACUUAUAUGAUUGGGAAGGUGUUAAUCCUGCGCCCCCUGAAUUAUGGACCUUACCUUACAAUAUACCAAUUCAUCCUGGCAGAUGGUGGGUUCACACGAGAGCGAUAUAUUUACCAUUGGGGUAUUUGCUGGCAAACAAGGUCACUUGUAAACUAGAUUCAACAUUGGAAGAAAUAAGAAAUGAAAUUUAUUUACCCAAUCAAUUGCCGUACGAGUCAAUCAAUUUUGGAGCAAACAGAAACAAUGUUUGUGGUGUAGACUUAUACUAUCCCCACACCAAAAUACUCGAUUGUGCCAACUUUGUCUUGAGUAAGUGGGAGAAAUACCGCCCCAGCUGGUUAUUAAAUUGGGUUAAUAAAAGAGUGUACGAUUUGAUAGAGAAGGAAUAUCAAAAUACCGAUUAUUUGUGUAUUGCACCGGUUAGUUUCGCUAUGAACAUGGUCGUAACUUUCCAACGAGAGGGCCCUCAUUCUAGAAACUUCCUUGAAUUACAAAAUAGAAUGAAUGAUGUAUUAUUCCAUGGACCUCAAGGUAUGACAGUGAUGGGUACUAAUGGGGUGCAGGUUUGGGAUGCUGCAUUCAUGGUUCAAUACUUUUUCAUGAGCGGUUUGGUUGAUGAUGAAAAGUAUCACGAAAUGAUAAAAAGGUCUUAUCUUUUCUUGGUUCGAUCACAAUUUACAGAAAAUUGUGUUGAAGGAAGCUUCAGAGACAGAAGAAAAGGUGCUUGGCCCUUCAGUACCAAGGACCAGGGAUAUACAGUAAGUGAUUGCACCGCGGAAGCUAUGAAGGCGAUAAUAAUGGUUAGAAACGACAAAAGAUUUGCGGAUAUUAGAGACGUGAUCAAAGAUGAAGACCUUUACGAGGCAGUUGAAGUUUUGUUGCAAAUACAAAAUGUUGGCGAUUGGGAAUACGGCUCCUUCUCUACAUACGAGGGAAUCAAAUCUACAGUUUUAUUGGAGAAAUUGAAUCCUGCCGAAGUGUUUAACAACAUCAUGGUGGAAUACCCAUAUGUCGAAUGUACAGACUCGUCAGUCUUGGGUCUAACCUACUUUCACAAGCAUUAUCCAGACUACAAACCAAAAGUAAUCCAAAAUGCUAUUGAUAGUGCGAUACAGUAUAUUAAGGGAGCACAAAGCGAAAUAGAUGGAUCAUGGUAUGGCUGUUGGGGAAUUUGUUACACUUAUGCAUCAAUGUUUGCACUUGAAGCAUUCAACAGCGUGGGAUUAAAUUAUUCAAAUUCAGAUUCAGUUAAAAAGGGUUGUGAUUUCCUUAUAUCCAAACAAUUGAAAGAUGGUGGGUGGUCAGAAUCAAUGAAAUCAUGCGAGACUCAUACGUAUGUAAAUGGAGAAAAAUCGCUAGUAGUCCAGACAGCAUGGGCAUUAAUUGGACUAAUCUUGGCCGAUUAUCCAGAUGAAGAACCAAUUCGUAAUGGAAUCAAGUUGCUCAUGGACCGUCAAUUGCCAACUGGUGAAUGGAAGUUUGAAGAUGUUGAAGGUGUUUUUAAUCAUAGCUGUGCAAUAGAGUACCCUUCAUAUAGGUUCUUAUUCCCCAUCAAGGCGUUAGGGUUGUAUGUGAAAAGAAUAAAGGGUAACAAAUAG